UGUGUUGAUGCUCCCCUGAUGUCUGCUUCUCCACCUGCCCCCUCCCCAGGAUGCCCGGAAAGCCUGUGCUGACAUUACUCUGGCAGAGCUGGUGUCUGGCCUAGAGGUCGUGGGGAGAGUCCAGAUGAGGACAAGGCGGACGUUAAGGGGACACCUGGCCAAGAUCUAUGCCAUGCACUGGGCUACCGACUCCAAGCUGCUCGUAAGUGCCUCGCAAGACGGGAAGCUGAUCGUGUGGGACACCUAUACCACCAAUAAGGUGCAUGCCAUCCCCCUGCGCUCUUCCUGGGUUAUGACCUGUGCCUAUGCCCCGUCAGGGAACUUUGUGGCAUGUGGGGGGCUGGACAACAUGUGCUCCAUCUACAGCCUCAAAUCCCGUGAGGGCAAUGUCAAGGUCAGCCGGGAGCUGUCUGCUCACACAGGUUAUCUGUCUUGCUGCCGCUUCCUGGACGACAACAACAUUGUGACCAGCUCCGGGGACACCACUUGUGCUCUGUGGGACAUCGAGACUGGGCAGCAGAAGACUGUGUUUGUGGGACACACAGGGGACUGCAUGAGUCUGGCCGUCUCUCCUGACUUCAAACUCUUCAUUUCGGGGGCCUGUGACGCCAGCGCCAAGCUCUGGGACGUGCGGGAGGGAACCUGUCGGCAGACAUUCACUGGCCAUGAGUCGGACAUCAACGCCAUCUGCUUCUUCCCCAACGGAGAGGCCAUCUGCACAGGCUCAGACGACGCCUCCUGCCGCCUGUUUGACCUGCGGGCAGAUCAGGAGCUGACUGCCUACUCCCACGAGAGCAUCAUCUGUGGCAUCACAUCUGUGGCCUUUUCCCUCAGCGGCCGCCUGCUCUUCGCAGGCUAUGAUGACUUCAACUGCAACAUCUGGGACUCCAUGAAGGGCGAGCGUGUAGGCGUCCUCUCUGGCCACGACAACAGGGUCAGCUGCCUGGGGGUCACAGCUGACGGGAUGGCUGUGGCCACCGGCUCCUGGGACAGCUUCCUCAAAGUCUGGAACUAAGGAGGCUGGAGGAGGGGAGGUAAAAGGCCACGAAGACACUCAGCUGCCCCUCCCCUGCCCAAUUUUUUUCUAAGGUUUCUUUAAGUUUUCUCUUCCAUACCCUAGCUGCCAUUCCCACCCAGCUUUGUCCCUUGAGGGCGGUGGGGAAAAAUGGGGAGUCUGCCUUUGGGAGGCAUUAUCAGGGACACGGGGGCAAAGAACUGCCCCAUCUCCUCCCAUGGUCUCCCCUCUCCACGGUCCUGCAGCUUCUCCCUUAAUAAGCAGGGACAACU